GUUGUUUUUUUGGUGACGUUUUGCCAAUAGCAGCUAACGGCUAAAGUAGCUAUUCCAUACUACCAGAAGCACAGACCACAUUCAACGCCAGCAAAAAACACACCCUGUCGGCUGCGAGGGUUUGGGACAUGAAAGGAGAGACAGACGCCGGGACGUAGACAGUGAGACGUUUUGGUUCCGCCCCUGAAAAGCCACUUCAGACACUCCCAUCCAACGGAAGAAAAGACCGACUCUUCCUUUGCUGUUCUGCCGCACAUCAUUCACAAAUUUCUUGCGCAGGAGGCGAAGCAGCGGCGACUUUUUCUACAGAAGAACGUUGUAAAUCCAUCAUGGUUCUGAUCGAGGACGGCGAGUGCAGCGUCUGCUUCAUGUCCUACUCCAGGAUGGACAGGAUCCCUCGAGUGCUCCACUGCAGACACACCUUCUGUGAACCCUGUCUGGAGACCAUGUCACAAGACAGGAGCGGGAUGCUCACUGUAGGCUGUCCCCUGUGCCGCCGCGUCACCUGCAUAGGCAACGGCCUGAGCCUGCAUGAGGCUCUUUGGGUGGACAGUAGGCUGUGGAACGAGAUACCCGACGGCGUGGACGAGGAGGAGGAGAAGGAGCAGGAAGAGCAGGAAGAGCAGAAAGCAAAAGUGGAGAGGAUAGAGGCUAAACAAGAACCCCCGCUCCAAGCAGAAUGUGUUUCCUUGACAUCCAGAACUAAGCUGAAAUUACCAGCAUUCAUCAGGAAGUUGUGUCUGACGAAGCAGCAGAGAGAGCGGAUCAUACCUGGCAGCAACGUGGAAAUGAAAUCCUGGCGCAGGCUCUCAGCUGAGGAGACGCUGUAAACAAACCAGAUGGAGCUGGUGACACACGGUGGUUCCCAGGGUCUCACAUCUUAACUCAGAGAUCUGACUGGGCUCCGGCAGUGGAAGGAAAGUUCGGACUAUCAGAGGGAUGAAGAGCUCAUCUGUAUCCCCGUCAGGACUUUUUUUUUUUUUUUUUUUUUGUACCCGGCCAAAGUUGCCCUGUGCCCUCAUUAUUUAUUCUGGGCUUAAUUCUUCCAGCUGGUGCUGUGGGAUUUGCUUCAACUGUCCCAUGGGGGCUCACACCCAGAGACCCUCGUGACAGAUGGCUUCCAAAGAACAUUUUCCCUUUUUACAGACACCACGGCUAACGCUAAUAACUUAUUGUUGUUGUUUUUUUCAUAUGUUGGCGUGUAGAUAAUAAAUUGAUUAAAAGUAUUUUGUAGGAAA